AUGUUAACAUUUAGUCAGUAUAUCAUUAAAUGGGAAUUUCUAUCGCUAUUCAUGAUCUUUGCCCGUGAGGAGUCUGGUCUCUCACUUGAAUCCAAGAGUAACUUCAUUCUAAAGGGUGCAUCAUUUCAAGAUGCUCUUCCCACAUGGGCCGAUCUGAAAGUUCAGAUGACCCGGCAGUAUGUAACGCCAAACCAAGCACACCGCAAUUGGUCGCGAUUUUUGGCGUGUCGCCAAGGCAAGCACCCUAUGCCUGAGGCAGUGACCGUCACGGUCUUCAUGGAGGGCCUCCGAGUUGGUGUUGUUAGAACGGAAGUCGUUCGGGUAAACCCGUCCUCAUUUGAGGAAGCUGUUGGAAUGGCAUGGAAUGCCGAGAGCAGCAUUAAGGCCGUUAGGCCUGCCACUCAUAACUACUCGUCCGAUGGGUCUGUACCCAUGGACUAUAGCCAAGUAGAGGAUGAAGAAGCUGAGCUUCAUGCUGCAGAGGAGCAAUUGUGCGCAGAAGUUUUAUCUGCAAGAGCACAGGCCAUUUGA